AUGCCCAAGCCUCCCAUUGUGGGCAUGGGGGUGGGAAAGGAGACCCCGAUCUCAUUAAAAGAGUGUAGCCAAGCCACUGGACAAACGGACAAGUGCGCUCACACGCACACACGAAGCCCCAGCAGGAGAGGAAAGAAAUCUGCAUCCAGAUUUGCUGCCACGUAUUACCUAGAAUGUCCCCUUAAAACAAAAGACAAGCCACGGGAAGAAACGGGGAAGUAUGACUCGUCCACAGAAGAAAAUCAGAAUGCAGAGACUGUGAGCGGGCUAGAGACCAAAGUCAAUCCAGUCUCCCACGCAGCCAUUCCAAGUACGGCCAGAGGACUGAGAAGCUCUACUUGA